AACACUUCAAUGCACAUGGAUCAUAUCAACUAGACCUUCAAAACAACUUGAAUACAAGAAUCCCAACGUCUACCGCAGCCAUGGCAGCAAAGAAACUAAUAUACCCUCUCUACCAGCUCGGAAACCCCCAGCUGCGGCUCUUCAGACCCAACUGGGCCCUGACCCUGGUGCGGCCCGGCCGGGAGCAGCCCUCAGACACCGUCCAGUUCCGCAUCCCCAUGGAGAUGACCAAGUGUGAUGUGAAGAACUACCUGGAGAAGGUUUACAGUGUUCCAGUGGGAGCGGUCCGCACUAGGAUCCAGUUUGGUUCCAACAAGAAGAGAAACCAUCUGAACCAGAAGGUUAAACAGCCUGAUUAUAAAGUGGCCUAUGUGCAGCUGGCUCAGGACCAGGUGUUUGUGUUCCCGGACAUCUUUGUGGAGAAGAGCUCUGAGGAGGGAGAGGGCUCCAUGGAGCAGAUGCAGAAGCAGUUCAUGGAGGACGAGAAGCAGCGGCAGCGGGGAGACCCCCGCAGGGCAGGGGUCACCGAAUGGUUUGGCCUCUAGCCGCGGCCCAGAGACCAAGAUGUGUGUGUGUGUGGGCGUCUCUUUCAGACCAUCAUGAUGUACCUGUGAUGUGUGUGUGUGUGUAUGUGUGGGCUUGGAGAUGUUUCAGUUGAUUUAAUUUGCUAAUUUUGUUGGUAAGAGGCUGAAAUGAAAAACUUUGUGUGUGUGAGGCUGAAGUCCAGUAGCGGGCCAGAACCGCAUAGAGGAGUGUAGAGGCCCGGGUCCAUCUGGUUCAGAACCGCUCUCUCCUCGGAUGACCUGCUUCCUUCUCUCCUCCCCUCCUCACUCUGUCCUUCUACCUCUCCUCUAGCUUACUUCAUCCUCAGGUCUUUUCUUUCUGGACCACCUCCUCGCAUGUCUUAUUUUCAUAUUUUUCUCCUUAACCCCCCCCCCCCCCCCACUUCAUGUUGCUCUAACAAUGCUUCAGGGUUGUGUCCUCAGCAGCCCCUUCACCUCUCCCCACAACUGUGAGCGGCUGAGCAGCUCGGUGUGUGCGUGUGUGUGUGUGUGUGUAAACUAACCCUGUUAGUGUGUGGAAGCUGUGAAUUGCUUAGUCAACACUAAGUACUGUUAGCAUGAGAAUUUCUAAAUAAACAGUCUUUUCCAAAACCUCUGGCCUGUUU